AUGGAUCAAUUGGGUAUGUUCAUUUUUUCCAUCUUCUUUAUGUUCUUCCAAGUUGAAGCACAAUCCGAAGAUUCCCCUGAUUCCCAAGAUGCUGUAUCCAAUUUUCAACCAAGCCUUGCUGUUGUGAUUGGUAUCCUUGCCAUCAUGUUUUCAAUUACAUUCACACUCCUCGUCUAUGCAAAGUUGUGUCACAGGGCAUCAUAUGUUCAUACACAAAAUCAAGGCGGACUUGUUCGAUCAAGGUCUCAAUUGUCUGGAAUCGAUAAAGCUGUGAUUGAGUCACUUCCUUUCUUUAGAUUCUCUUCCCUUAGAGGGUCAAGGGAAGGACUUGAAUGUGCAGUCUGUCUUUCAAAGUUUGAAGAUUUUGAAAUUCUUCGGUUACUGCCCAAAUGCAAACACGCAUUUCACAUUGAUUGUGUUGAUCAGUGGCUAGAGAAACACUCGAGCUGUCCUCUGUGCAGGCGAAAGGUCAGUGCUGACGACCUUACAUUCUUGACAUAUUCGAGUAGUUUGAGGUACUUGUGGGACCAGUCUUCGCUGCGCGAGGACUCAAAUUUGGAGCUUUUUGUGGAGAGAGAGGAAGAUCAUCAUCGCGGUUCUUCAAGAUUUAGCAUUGGAAGCAGUUUUAGGAGAUUCGAAAAGGGUAAGAAAGAGGAAGAAUUGCUGAUCCAAGAAAAUUGUGAUACUAGUGAUGACAGCAACCAAAAGGCCCUGCACAAGUUGAAUCACAAGAUCAUAUUGUCUGAUGUUGUCCUGAAGAACAGAUGGAGCAGUGUGAGUUCUUCUGAUCUCAUGUUCUUGAAUUCGGAGAUGCUUAAUGCUAUGUCAAGCAAUAGAUUCUCUUCUUUGGACUCGAACAAUGAUCAGCAAUUACCAACCGCGAGAGUGAUUGAAGAUGGUCAUGUUAUGAAGAUUAAGGAAGAGAUGGAGAGGAAGAGAGUGUUUGAAAGCAAGGUGAGUAUGAUCAACCAGAGUGAUUCAUUGUCAUUUUUAGGAGGACUUCCUAAUACUUCAGAGUCCAAUUAUAUCAAUCCAAGUCAACCAUCAAGAAUUGUAAAUCCCAAUCAGAAAAGGUCGAUGUCGGAGAUAACAGUUCAUCCAAGAUUCACUGAAUCCACCAUGAGAAAUGGUGUUAGAGAGCCUUCUUCUCUGUCUGAAAAUAAUGUCAAGGAGGAAAGAUUGAGGAGGCUUUGGUUGCCGAUUGCACGAAGAACAGUUCAAUGGUUUGCUAAUAGAGAAAAAAGGAAUCAACAGUCUCAAAACACAGGACAGUUGUCUAUGAAUGUAUAAACCAUCUAUGCAGAAUUUGAAGCUAGCUUCUGAUCAGAAUACUCAUCACAUUCACAGCAAUAGCAGUA